UGAGCUUCGCAACAAAUGUAGACGCAGCAGCUGCGCUUCACAGAAGAGCGAGCAACCGGUUUAAAGAUCAGAGCUGCGUUACGAGCUAAAUACCGGGCAUUUAAAUAACAUAAGAUUAGUAUUUAAUAUAAAUCUACCUUCGGAUCCUAAUGGCCUGCUAAUAUUGAUAUUUUGGCGAGUUUCUGUGCGGAUCGGCGACCGUUAUUGUAGCAGCGCGCGCGAGACGGUGGAUUUAACUUACCUCAGAAAAACCGACCGGAACACCGCGGAUAUUUCACCGGGAUAUUACGUUUUUACGGUGAGCAGGAGAACCGUUCGCCACACACCGUCACCCGCUCGGUUCACAGAUCACGGGGUUCUCGGAUGGAGCGGAACACCGAGGCGCGGAGUCACGGAUCGUGGUCCCGGUGUGAGGAGCUCCUCCGAGGCGACGCGUCCAUGAACGUAUCGAUCAGCUCCACCACCGGGAGCCGCUUCGAGCUGUCCGUUCCUCUGGAGGAGACCGUGGAGGGGCUGCACCGGAGACUGUCCGAGAAGCUCCGGGUUCCGCGGGAGCGACUGCUGCUGCUGCACCGAGACACGAGGUUAAACUCGGGGAAGCUGCUGGAUUUCGGUGUGGUCGACGGAAGCAGACUGACGCUGGUGCCCACGGUUGAAGCCGGACUGAUGUCGCAGUCGUGCCGCUCGGAGCAGUCGGUCCUGCAGGCGCUGGAGAGUCUCUCAGACGCUCAGGUCAGUGACUUCCUGUCGGGACGGUGCCCGCUGACCCUUGCCCUGCGUGUGGGCGAUCACAUGAUGUUUGUGCAGCUCCAGUUGGCGGCUCAGGCACUGGAGGACAGCCGUCUCUUUCCAGGGGUCCUCAUACAGGGGCCGUCAGCAGUGGACCCCUCAGACUCACAGCAGCGGGAACAGGACGUCUUUAAGAGCUGCACUGCCCCGCCCUCAUCUCAUGAUAGCCACGCCCACGGUGCUCAAAGCCCCGCCCCUGCUCCGCCCUGCAUUCAGGCUGAAGGCAGCAGACCGCGAUGCAAACCCGGCGCCGUCAUCGAGAGCCUGGUCAAUCACGCGCCGGGAGUUUUCUCAGGAACCUUCUCAGGUACUCUACACCCCACCUGUCAGGACCGCAGCGGGCGUCCUCGCCGCGACAUCAGCACCAUCCUGCAGAUCCUCAACGACCUCCUGAGCGCCACACGGCUUUACCAGAGAUCUCCUCCGACGCUGACACACCUGCGCUGCCCUCCGACCUCACACACACCUCCACCCUCACCUACCUCACACACACACACACCUCCACCCUCACCAACUUCAGACCGGCUGCAGCCACAGCCGCAUGCACACCUGUGCAGGCCCUCCGGUGAGCGUCUGCGGCAGACGGAGAAUAAAGCCAUGCGCUGUAAGGUGGAGCAGCUGCAGCUCUUACUGCAGCAGCGGCGUCUGCGUCGAAAGGCCCGGAGAGACACUCGUGCUCCGUAUCGCUGGAUAACCCAGCGCCAGAACCUGUCCAGCGACGCACCGCUCCCCCUCGACUACCAGGAGCCGGUCUGGAAACCCGACGGCCCGGCAGACAUCAACCCGGAGUUCAUCGUGGUGUGACGGACGCAAGGAAGCAAGCGUGACACGACCUGGGCAUUAACACACAGUCCCUCAGGAGCCGCGUUAUGGCCUUCAGAGUCGGUCUGCAGUGAUUCUCAGCUCACUUCACCGAUGUUCAAGCACAGGAUGUAGCAUUUUCACUUCAGGUGUUCAACUCUGGGUGCAUGAUGUUUUG